AUGAUGCCGGCAGACUUUAUCCUGGUGUUCAGUGCCCUCAGUGUCACCAGCUCAGCUGCUGCAGGAUUCAGGUCCAUAGCCGAAGAAGAAGAUGCGCUGCUCAGACAUUUAUUCCAAGGUUACCAGAAAUGGGUUCGCCCUGUAUUACAAUCUAAUGACACCAUAAAAGUAUAUUUUGGGUUGAAAAUAUCUCAGCUGGUAGAUGUGGAUGAAAAGAAUCAACUAAUGACAACAAACGUGUGGCUCAAACAGGAAUGGACAGACCACAAAUUACGCUGGAAUCCAGAUGAAUACGGUGGAAUUCAUUCAAUUAAAGUUCCGUCAGAAUCUCUCUGGCUUCCUGACAUAGUUCUCUUUGAAAACACUGACGGACGGUUCGAAGGCUCGCUCAUGACCAAGGCCAUCGUGAAAUCCGACGGGACCGUGGUGUGGACGCCUCCCGCCAGUUACAAAAGCUCCUGUACCAUGGACGUCACCUUCUUCCCAUUCGACAGGCAGAACUGCUCCAUGAAGUUCGGAUCCUGGACUUACGACGGGACCAUGGUUGACCUCGUCCUGAUCGACGAGAACGUGGACAGAAAAGACUUCUUCGACAACGGAGAGUGGGAGAUCCUCAACGCCAGGGGCACGGCGGGGAGCAGGAGAGACGGCGCGUACCAGUACCCGUUCAUCAUCUACUCCUUCGUGCUGCGCCGCCUGCCCCUGUUCUACACCCUCUUCCUCAUCAUCCCCUGCCUGGGGCUGUCCUUUCUGACAGCGCUUGUCUUCUACUUGCCUUCUGACGAGGGGGAGAAGCUCUCCUUAUCCACCUCUGUCUUGGUUUCCCUGACAGUGUUUCUGCUGGUGAUUGAAGAAAUUAUCCCGUCCUCCUCCAAGGUCAUUCCGCUCAUUGGCGAGUACCUCCUGUUCAUCAUGGCCUUUGUCACCCUGUCCAUCAUUGUCACCGUGUUUGUCAUCAACGUGCACCACAGAUCUCCCUCCACUUACCACCCCAUGGCCCCCUGGGUUAAGCGGCUAUUUCUGCAAAAACUUCCUAAAUUACUUUGCAUGAAGGACCACGUGGAUGGCUACUCUUUCCCAGAUAAAGAGGAGAGGAAACCGGCAGUGAGAGGUAAAGGCCUCGAAAAAAGGAAACAAAAGCAGAUUAGCGAUGGAGAAAAAGUUCUGGUCGCUUUCCUGGAAAAGGCUGCGGAUUCCAUCAGAUACAUUUCCAGCCACGUGAAGAAAGAGCAUUUCAUCAGCCAGGCGGUGCAAGACUGGAAGUUCACAGCUCAAGUUCUCGACCGGAUCUUCCUCUGGCUCUUUCUGAUCGCUUCUGUCACCGGCUCAGUUCUGAUUUUCACCCCUGCUUUGAAGAUGUGGCUACACAGUUACCAUUAGGAACGAGUCUCCAGAGCAAUCUAAACCGCACACAUAAAGACAGAAUUAUACCCUAGAACUGACAUCCAGCCCCCAUGUGUAUACAGCAUCCAGGCGCACGUGCUUAUCAGGAGGCCCCGA